GCGCGAGCACGCGGUUCGAGUGGACAUUGGCACGGGCAAUUGAAGGAAUAACCAUCGCUAAGGCCACAGCAAUUAACGGUAGCAAAGCCGAACCGGCACUUUACUACUUACACACACACCAUACAUACAUAUAUACACACAUACUUAUACGAAUUGGCAUUUCACCAGAUGCGCACAAAAGCGCACUUAUCUUUCCGGCCAAGGUGUGAAGUGUUGGAAUGCAAGUGUCGCGGGUUAAGCGCAUCCUUGAGGCGGCGCAGUGAAUAACGUCAUCGUUGCCAUAGAAUAUAUAUAUGGAAUAAUUCAUGGGCGAUGAAUGAAUGCAGUCAUCAAGACACAAUCAGUGAUCUGUUCAACGCCUUGAGAGCUGCUCGAAUUCAUUUACGCUACUUUUUUUUGCAUUUUUUUGCUUAAGAAGAGGCGUUGUUUGUUGUUGUGAAUUUUUGAACAACGCAUAAGACGCCCACAGGUUCUUUGUACGUUUUCUGGAGAAUAUCGCAUCAUUUGUGUUGUAGGAAUUGAAAUGUGCGGUCGUCUAAACAGAAUAUUCGCCAACUAAAAAUAGCCUACGCAAUAGCGAACAACAACAAUAAAGAUUUAUGUAUCAUUUCAGUGCGUCGGCAUGCAGUCACAUGUGUGUGCGUGUGUAUCUUUAAUAAAUAUAAAAAAACACAAAUUGUGAAAGAAUAAACAAUUCCCAAAAUAAUUAUAUAAAAAAUUUACAAAAAAAAAUUGAAAAAUUAAAAUAAGUCAAUAAAUUUUCAUAGGAAAUUUAAUGAAAAAAAACUUAAUAUUAUUAGUGUGAUUGGAAAAACUAAACAAAAGUCUUUCAGAAAUUUUUAAUUGGAAAACAAAAGAAAAUUAUGCAACAAAACAAUUCAACGAAAAAAGUGAAAUAAAAUAAAAUUUAUUAAAAAAAAAAAUAUUUAUAAUUAAAAAAUUAACAAAAGAUAUGCUGAAGACUAAUGUGUUUGGAAAAAGUAAUACAAACAAAUAUUUGAAAAAUUCGUAAUUGGAGAAACUUGAAAAAAAAGUUGUUGUAAAGAAAAUUAAUUGAAAAAAAAUGAUUACAAAACUGUGUGUUCGGAAAAAAUAUUGAAAAAAAUUUAUUAAAAAACAACAACGAAUAUAACUAAAAAAAAAAAUAAUUCAGAAAAAAAAUAACAAAAUUUUUUUAACUAAAAAACUAAAAAAAUUUAAUUGGAAAGAGUAAGAAUAAAAUUCAAAAAAAGUUUUCAAAAUAUAAAUAAAAAAUCUUAAAAUAUGUCUGCGCAACGACAUAAAGGCGUGCACCAAAUGUGCGCGCCAACAUUAGAGAAAGCAAUUAAAGAUGUUCGUUUUGAUGUGGCAACAACACAAUACUCAUGGGCGCUAAUGGCUGCUUUCAUCAUAAUUAUUAGCAGUUGUUGUUGUUUCAGCAGCGUAACGGCAGCUGCUAGUGGUGCUGCGGCGGAUACGAAAUAUCAUUGCGCCUUCGUCGAUACUAUUAAUGUGACGGGCAUAGCCUGGGCGUAUGAGCAACCUAAUGCGACGGCAGAGGGUAAUAGCACAAGCAGCAAUAACAAAAAUAUCGACAGCAGCAGCAAUAGUAAUAACAGCAGUAGCAGUAAUAAUAACAAAAAUACCAGCGACAGCAGCAACAACAUUAGUAGAAACGACAACAACAAUAACAUCACCGAGAUUGACAUCAGCAAUAGCACUGAUAUCAAUAGCAACAACGACAACGGCAACGACAACGCUGCCUUACUAAAAAGUCUCGGCAUCACCUACAUACCACCCGAGCUAGUUGCCGCCUACACAUUCAUCAUUAAAGAUGGCGUACGCGUGCCGGUGGAGCGCCACAUGCGCGCUUGCAUUUGUAAGCUGAAACCGUGCAUACGCUUCUGUUGCGCCGAAGGUCACUACUAUGAUACGCUGAGUAAAUCAUGCGUUUCGAUUGCUAGUGUCAUCGAUGCUGAAGUGGUGAAUGCUACGCAGCAGCAGCAGCAACAGCAACAACAACAGCAACACAGUCUUGUAUUCGCGCUAACAGGCAUGGAUCAUCACGAAGUGGCGGUGCGGCACAACAACGGCAGCACACGCUUGGUGCGUACUGCGCAUCAUUUUAAUGUAAAUAUUGGUGUGCCGUGCGCGCGAAUGCGUUACGUUCUUAGGGACAAUCAACUGGUGCAUUGGACGCUAUUUGAGAAUGGUUCCAUUGCACAUCGAAAUUAUUUAUUUUCGAACUAUUAUUGCUAUACACCGCAUCAAUUGGACAAAAUUACAUGGGAGUGGCAACCUUUGGCUUGUGUACGCGAAAAAUUACCCUUCGUUCUGACAACCAAGGAGUGGACCUACGCAAUUUGUUUAAUACUGGCUGUCAUCUGCAUGUUUAUCAUCCUCUUUAUCUAUCUAUUCGCCAGUAAUCUGCGCAAUACAUUCUAUGGCGUUGCCAUCAAGGUCUACACACUAUGCAUUAUCUUCGGUUAUUCGAUAAUGGCGCAUCUCACCCUCACCGAUCCUGCAGAUUUCAUGACGUGGACCUGCGUCAAUUUGCCCGCCUGUGUGGUCAUCUACUUGGUCCUAUCCUUCUAUAUACUGAGCUUGAUCAGUUUCAACUUUUAUAUGCAUUUCCAUGGUAUUAUCAUGUCGCGACUAAUGUUUUGGCUUAUAUUCUUUCCGAUCGCCCUGUUGACCGUCGGUUGGUCGAUAUUCGCAGCAAACAAUGACUAUGGUGGAAAGGCUAUAUUUGGUGGCGGCGACACCUGUUGGUUCGAUCCACGCAACUGGUCCAUCAUGGUCUACUAUUACGCGCCCAUUUUCAUCGCUUGUGUUAUCUGCAUAUUUUUCUAUAUACUAACAUUGAUCCAUAACAGUGAGGGACAGGAUUAUAAUAUCUAUAAAGCAGAAACGCUCGACGAGAAUCGCUUCAAAUCGUUCUUUAAGUUCUUCAGCUAUACCUUUGUCGUCUUUCUGGUUUGUGUCACUUCGUUCGCCAUAAAUUACUAUCGCGAAGACUGGACGCACAUCAACUAUGCCGUCUGUUUGUUCAUCGUUUUUCAUGGCUUCGGCGCAUUGUAUGCUUUAAUUGGUCAAAAUCAGGAGGUACAAAACUUUUUACGACGCAUCGAGGAUGAUGUCAGUAGCGAUGAUGAUGAGAUGACAGACAGCGCCGUGCCCAUGUCGGGCUUCUAAGCAUUUCAGAGCAAUUUUUGCUCAAGAUCGUCCGCAAUGUCAGUUAUCAUCAUAUUAGUUAUUAUUAUAGUUUUUGUUAUUGUUAGAGUGUAAAUAUGUUGUUUCGAGUCGUGUAUGUACAAAAAGUAUAUUGUAAUCUAAACUUGUCUAUAUGUAUAUUAUAUAAUAAUAAAUCGUCUAGUUUUUAUGCAAAGAUUAUAUAUGCAUAUAUUGGAGUGUUUUCAGG